GGCUAUGUCUGCUUUAGCAACUUGUCUAGACUAGACAUUUCUGCAUUCCUCUCAUCAACUUCAGUACAAAAUGAAAAUCCCAAUAUUGCUGUGCCUCUGCCUGGUGCUUUUAGAAGAAAUACAUUGUUGUGCAGCUAGGAACUCUAAAAGGCAUCGCAUAACAGACAGUAAGUUGGAAAAAGAUCAUACAAGUCUCGAGAAACAAAGAUGCUCAGAAGUACGUCAACGAAUUGGGAAUCUCACAGCUGCCGUGACAGGAGCUGUACGAGGUCAUGACCUGGGAAUCUCAGCUAACUUAGAAAAACACAAUAGAAGACGCUUAGAUAGAGAGCAAAGGCUACUAGAACGACUUGGAUGUGAAAAUAUAGAGAAAGCCAUCAGCAAUGCUACAACCGGCCUAAGCAAUAGAAUAACGAACAGCAAGAUAGCAGAUAGAAUAAAUAUUGCAGAUAGACAAAAAGGAAAUUCAACUGGUACUGAAGAUAAAGGACAAAGGAAAAACAGAAACAAAGUGGGGGAAGGAAAUAAAAUUGCUGAAAGGCAACAAUCCAAAGGAAAUUCUAAAAAGGAUAACAAUUCAGUCAAGAAAAAUAAAGUUGAAGACAGACAGAAAGUAGCAGAAUCUACAAUUGGAAAUUUAACAGGAUUAGUCGGAAAACAAAUAAAUAAAGUGACUGACAGACAGCAAAAUGUCAACAAUGGUACUAGAACUGCAGUUAAACAGAACUCAAAUAAAAAUAACCAAACCGUAGCAAACAGAGUAGUUGGAGGUGUACUUAAACCGGUUAAACAGAGUUUAAACAAUGUAACCAAAGUUUCAGGAAUACAAAAAGCGGGAAACGCUACCCGUGGAUUUUUAGGGAAUGUAGGCAAAGGAAUCAACAGUAUUCUGGGUAUACAUGAGUCUGGUAAUAGCUGGGGUGGAUUGAUUCAGGAUAGGCAGAAGAAUGGGAACAUGAUGAAGAGAAAACCUAUAGUGAAGAGACAGGCUUAUCCUGAUGCAGAGACGACGACGGUUGCAGAAACUACAACCAUUGCAGAAACAACUACUGCAGCUGCAGAAACUUCUACUGCAGGGCCAGGAGGCUAUCCUUCAUAGGAUGGUGUUUAUGUAGGAUGUGUUUAGUUGAAAUUCGUAAUUUAUGUCUGUUAGUUAAUUUUACAUCAGUAAAUCUUUUAAUGGUGAA